CAGCGCUGCUGCUAACAGGGUCGUAAGCCACAGUAGCACCUGGCAAUGCAACCACCCGAAACAUACGGUUAAAGUCAUAUUUACACAUUCGUUGCCGGGUUUUUAUUUCUUUCCUCUGUCAUCAUGGGUGACUCGAACGCGGUCGACGCCGGUCGGACACGCCGGAGAAGGACGAAAUUUGCGGCGGGGAGAGGAGUGACAGCGCAGGCGGUGAACGGGAGCUCUGCGGCGGAGUGUCACAGCUCCAGUCCCGCUGGAGUUAGCAACAGUGACACUAAUGGGCUGAAGAAAAAACGCGACCAUUCACUGGAGACUUCAAAGAGUGAGAAAAAGCAACGCAGGAAUGACAUAAGUGACCGUCUGAGCUGUCACAAAUCACAGGAGUCCCUGCUGAGUUCAGCCAGUGGAUACAGUAACUACAGAGGAAUCCUCAAUUGGUGUGUGGUGAUGCUGGUGCUGAGUAACGCUCGCCUCUUCUUAGAAAACCUUCUGAGGUAUGGUGUGCUGGUCGACCCCAUUCAAGUGGUUUCCUUAUUUCUGAAGGAUCCAUACAGCUGGCCAGCAGUGUGCCUUGUGAUUGUGUCCAAUGUGUUCGUGGUGGUGGCUCUCUACACAGAAAGGCAGCUGUCGAUGAGUUCAUUCAGUGAACAUGUGGGAUUUCUGGUUCACUGCAUUAACCUGUCAAUCCUGCUAACAUUCCCUGCUGCAGUGGUCCUGUUUGUUCCCUCCAUGACCCCAGUUGGCAGUUCGUUCGCACUUGGUAUUUACACCAUUCUCUUCCUGAAGCUGUAUUCCUAUAAGGACGUCAACAUGUGGUGCAGAGAGUUGAGCACCGUCAAGGCCAAGAAACUCGUCAGGUCACUGUCUUGUCCCAGUACACAGAAUUUUAACCGAGGCGAUCAGACAGUGUCUUAUCCUGGCAACCUCAGUAUCAAAGACAUAUAUUAUUUUGUCUUCGCUCCGACUCUGUGCUAUGAGCUCAACUUCCCUCGCUCUCCUUCGGUCCGCAUGAGUUUCCUGCUGAGGAGGCUCUUUGAAAUGCUAUUUUUCAUCCAGAUGUUGGUUGGGCUCACUCAACAGUGGAUGGUUCCCAUCAUUCAGAGCUCCAUGAAACCGCUGGAGGACAUGGAUCUGUCCAGGAUGACUGAGAGACUGUUACGACUCGCUGUUCCGAAUCACCUUCUAUGGUUGAUGUUUUUCUACAGUUUUUUCCACUCGUCUAUGAACUUCUCUGCUGAAUUGCUGCGAUUUGGAGACAGACAGUUUUACAACGACUGGUGGAAUGCUGAGACAGUGACAUAUUUUUGGCAGAAUUGGAACAUCCCUGUGCACAAGUGGUGUCUACGCCAUUUUUACAAGCCAUUGCUGAGGAGAGGCUUCAGUAAAAUGAUCAGCCAAUCAGCCGUCUUCUUUCUGUCGGCUUUUUUCCAUGAGUACCUGGUGAGUGUUCCCCUCAGGAUGUUCAGACUUUGGGCCUUCACGGGCAUGAUGGCCCAGCUUCCAUUAGCCUGGUUCGUUGGGCGCUUUUUGCGGGGUAACUACGGCAACGCUGCAGUCUGGAUAUCCAUCAUCAUCGGUCAGCCGUUCGCUGUCCUGAUGUAUGUCCAUGAUUAUUACGUCCUGCACUACAGACCGGAGGUCGAGGGAUGAACACACACACACACACACACACACACACACACACAUACAAAAGUCCGUACAACUUAUGCCGUCUUCCUCCUACUUUGUCCCACUUUUCUUCAGCCUUUCACUCAUACAAACAAACACAUAAAUGCCAGUAGUUGACAGUAGUGCAGUCAAUUAAUAUUGUCCUCUACAUGUCAGAAUGAGCCGAUCACUUAUAAAAAAUAGAAAUAUCUUAAAACACUUCUGUCCAGUAACUGAAUGGAAAGGAACGGUGAUAUUUUAAUAAUGCAGCUUACUGUGACUUACUCAGGUGACUUUUCUUCCAGUGUCUUACUAAAAUGUUGUGUUGAUAAUUUAUUGUGUUUGGUACAAAAUCAGCAACAUGUAGGAUAAGGAAGACGUUUUUGUAAUGAUUCAUGUUUUUUAUUCUCUUCCAAUGUGGGCACUAUGGUGACUGUAGCUGAUUUUAAAAAGUAAAUAAAUAAUGAAUUUAA